AUGAAUAAGGGAAGUCCUGACUCAGUGCUUACCAGGAAGCUUAUCGAGGUGUCCCGUUCCCCAGUUCCCAUGAUGUGCCCUGUGCCAGCGCUUGUGGAAAAUUUGUACAUCAGCAACUAUUUAGGAAAAGCGGCCGUUCCUGAAGGUACUGCAGCCUUCAUGUGUGAAACAGCGGGCAGUCCUUGGGCGAACAUCACUUUGUAUAAGGAGGAUAAACCUCUCAAAACAUCCAUAGGCAAGACAAGGUCAACGGCCUCCUUGACCCUCCCUGUCCAGCUGACCUGCGAGGACUCCGGCCGGUACCAAUGUCAUGCAGAGAACGGCGUGGGUCCCCAGAACCUCAGAACUCAGUGGAAGACACUGGACGUUCACGUCAAAUGUGAGGAAACUGCUCUCUUCUGCAAACCCCGAGCAUGUGACGACACGGAGAUGGCCGAGGGGUUCGGAUCACUGGGCAAAGACGCUAUCAUCUCUGUCUGUGUCAUUGCCUUCCCUGAACCUUAUGAAAUGCGGCUGUCUCAAAAUGGAAAAGCAGUUCGCCUGGACAGAUACAACACCCGGUUCUCUUACACCAAACAACCUCGAGGGAUUGUCACCAUUACUCUGAAGAGUGUCACACAGCAAGACUUCAACAGUCCUUACAAGCUAUAUAUCGAGAACUCGGAUGGACAGUAUAGCUACACAGAGGUCAAACUAAGUCCACGAGGACCACCUCGAUGUCCCAGAUCUCUGGAGGUCAGUAAAGUGAGCAGCAACUUCGUCACUCUUCAGUGGCGCGCUGGCUCUGACAGAGGUCAGAAGCAGACGUUCUUCGUGCUACGUCACAGCGGACUGAACGACUCACACGAGUCGGGGCGACAUCAGGAGGUUGCUGCCAGUGACGUCACACAGAACAGUAGACAGGCUGUGAACGUCACCGGUUUACAGCAGAAGACAGACUACUUUUUCAGCGUCACCGCCAGGAAUGGUUUCGGAAGCGCCCAAAAUUGUAAGAUUGUCCAAGUCUCUACGAUUGCAGCCACUGGAGCGGAAGCAUUAAGUGAUUCUGAAGACAGCACCCCCACCGUCAUGAUUGUUGUUGUUGUCAUUGUCAUCCUCAUCGUCAUCGUUGUCGCUGCUGUCGUGGUCAUCGUUCUGAGUAGGAGAUGGAGAAGGGAUAGAGCCGCUGACAGGCUCUCCCAAGAUGACCCGUCCACGUAUCCCAGGGAUGCGACAUUGGUCAUGGAACCAGUAGAUGACCCACGGCGGGUCAUAGGUCAACCGACUGAGACGGGCAACAGUUCAGGCCACGAAUAUGAAAAUCCCUAUGACGAAGUAAAUGAAAUGCCAGCGAGCGACAUUCACACCCCUAUCCCAAUCAUGAGUGCUAUGGCGAAAAUCGCCAUUGCUUCACCGUCUCUCUCCACUGACCACGAAUAUGAACAUCCAUACAACGAUGCAACAUCUAUGCUGGCGAGCGACAUUCACACCCACGUCCUGAUCAUGAGCACUAAGGCAGAAAUCGUAACACCUGAGGCUCCGCAGGCAAACACUGACACCAACCCCUACAAAAAUGUUUCUGCCUCUGCACCAAGGUCAAGGGCGGGGCAGGAAGGUCAAGUUCGUGUCAUAGAUCCUGCUGGAGCUUAUGACGUGUUAGCGGCCCCAGAUAGUGUCGCUUUUGUUUCCGCUGAUGAAGUGGAUGAUUCGUAUCUGAACGCUCGGGCUGGUUCUGCAGAGCCGGAGGGCUAUGUGAACAUGGAGGGAAUCAAGAAAGAGGAUGACACCCCUUAUGAGAAUGCUUAAAGAGACCAAGGUGUCUGCCUCGAGUGAUGUUCAAGUAAAUCAUCUAUAGUGAGGUUCAGAAUUCCUGGCACAACUUAUUGUAAAAUAUCUCCUUUACUAUUGAACAUAGAUUCUACAACUUUUAUACAAUGACUUUCAUCAAUUUGGUUUAAAUGAUGAAUAUUUUUUCAAAUACUUGGACUUGGUGUUCUAGAAAAUUCCUUAAUAAACACUAAUAAAAAAAUCUCA